AUGUGUCAUCUGUUGUGCUGUAUUUCCCUCUGUUUUUCUCCGUUUCGCAUAUUUCAGGGUUUGGGCAGACGCUUCCCGUCCGCUCAGCCAUAUAUAAGCAGUGUACCGGCGGAUUAG